CAGGACCUGAUCAGUGCAUCUAAGGCUGCUCGUGUCUCAUGCAGGAGGACCGUUUUUUUGGGGCUCCAAAUUGCUGAAGGAUCUGGAAAAUUCAGGGCCAAAGGAAGCGAAGGAGCCACGUGGGCGAGAGACACCGGCGGCAACAGAGAACAGUGAGAGUGCAGGGACUGUGCCAGGCUGGGAGGAAGCUGUGUGAUUGGACGGAGCACUUCAUACAGAAGGUUACUUACAGAGAGAGAGGCAGGAGAAGGCCCAGACAGCAGCAAGGAGAGCAGCAUCCAGCACUGCAACACACACCACACAGCGAGGUCUCGCUGACCUCAGACCUGCUGACCCUGCUGGACAGCUGAAGGUCCAGAUCACCACCCCACCACCAAAACCACCACCACCAUCUCCAUCCUCAAACCCCCCUCACAUACCCAGUCAUCAUGGCAACUACUACCACCACCAGUAACAGCAACAGUACAGACCUGAAGUCCACCACCUCCCCACUAAUGGUCAAACGCACUAUCCAUCAGCGACUGGUGAGUAAGGAUGGACGUAGCCUCCUGCGGGGCCCAAUGGCUGGCGCACGGGCGACCUGGUUGGGGGCGAUGCGGGACAUGUGGGGGUCGUGGUUAUCUCUGCGCUGGCGCUGGGUGGUGCUGGCUUUCUGCGGAUCCUUCCUCCUCCACUGGCUCCUAUUCGCUGUGCUGUGGUACCUGCUGGCCAGAGCCAAUGGCGACCUGGGUGUGGACCAUGACAACCCUCCUCCAGGUCACACGCUGUGCGUCAAAUACGUGACCGGCUUCACGGCUGCGUUCUCCUUCGCUCUGGAGACCCAGCUGACCAUAGGCUACGGGACCAUGUACCCCAACGCCGACUGUCCCACCGCCAUCGCCCUGCUGGCCCUGCAGAUGCUCCUGGGGCUCAUGCUGGAGGCCUUCAUUACUGGUGCCUUCGUUGCCAAGUUCUCUCGCCCUCAGAAGCGAUGCAGCGGGAUUCUGUUCAGCCCGAAGGCCGUGGUGUGUGAAGAGAAAGGCCAGCGCUGCCUGAUGUUCAGAGUGUGCAACCUUCUCUCCAGGCCAUUGGUGGACGUCUGUGUGAGCGCUGUUCUCUACGAAGAGCGUGAUGAUCUGACGCUGCACCAGACCUCCCUGGAGUUCCAGCUCGAUGGCCUGGGCUCCCGGCCCUGCCCCCUCUUCCUGUCGCCUCUGACAUUCAUCCACCCCUUGACCCCGGACAGCCAGCUGAACCGCCUCAUCUCACCGGGGAGCCAGUCGCAUUUCGAGCUGGUGGUGUUCCUCUCUGCCUCUCAAGAAGGCACGGGUUCUGCCUACCACAAGAGGACCUCCUACUUGCCUGAUGAGAUCCAGUUCGGUCGGCACUUCUCCAAGGCGAUGAUCCUGCGUGGCAAAGAGUGGCGGAACAGCUCAGAGGCCAUGUGCUAUUUUGACACUCACUUGUGCUCGCUCACAGUCCCUAACUCACACAACAACUCACGUGACAAAGACUGUGUGGUGCAGGUCAACGGGGAAGGUAACGAGAAGAUUGAAUAGCCCCCUGUUCGGUGUCUGUCCUUAUCCAGUCCGUUUGUACAAAAGGGCAUUCCACUAAUGACCAACAACCUCCGACACCUCCAACCUCUUAAAGCUGUGUUAUAUUUUGUUUUAACUAUACAUAGGCAUGUGCACACAGCGGCUGAAGUGGCACUGCGGAUGCAACUACUGUGAAUCUGGAGAAUCUGGAGAAUAAUGUGGGCACAAUAUUACAUCUUGCAAACAGUCUGUUUUCAUGCCUUGCGCCUGUGUAGUUUAAAUAGCAACAGUGCUAGUGAAUAUAUCUACGCCGAUGGGCAUGGUGGUCUGAAAAUGAGGUGUGUUCGGGUAAAUUUCUCCUGUAUUGCUAUCUUGGCAAUGGAAAUGUCAACUGUCAGACGUUAACUGCUAUCUUAACAACACAGGCAACUUGUACAUCAACCAUAAACAGAAUAUAAAAUAAAAUAUCAUUGCUAUUUCUGUAAAUUUUCUGCAGCCGCCCCUUCACAGCCUGAACAAGCAGGUUAGUUUCCUCUGCUGAGAAGCAUUGGACACGCCCAGGUAGCUGCAACGUUAAAAAACGAUCUGCCAAAGUCCGAGCACAUCUGGCUCUUAAAGGUAAUGGCAAGUGACACGCUAAUUUCUUUGAUUGCACAUUAUACCCAAAAAUACACACCUAUGAUAAAUUAAGAGAAUUAGUGCAUGCCUUUUACUUUUCCUGUCGUUAUGAUAGCAAAGACACUGACACGCCCUAAAUUAAGCUGCACCAUUGUGCAACUUUGAUGGUCCUGUUUGUUUAUCAGAGACGAGUUAGGGCAGAGAUAUUCCUAAGCAAGCCCUCGUACCACUCCUUAAUUCAUCCCUUGGUUCUUUUAGUUCAUCCACAUAUAGCAUUCGCCAUAUUGAUAACUAUCCAAUAGAUAUGUUGGUGAACAAUGAAUCUACUACCCGUACUUAUUCACCUCAAUUUUUUUUUAUUUACCAGAAAGUUUUUUAGGGCAUUCAUCUUGUAAACCUUACCACACAGUCUUUAACAAAACACUCAAAGAUGUGGCAGCACUACUGUAGUGUUUGUAAGUCUACAUGGCAUCUAUGUACACUCUUAAAAACCAAAAGGUAUUGCAAAGGGUUCUUACCACUUAUUAUGCAUGGCAUUGCAUCCUGCAAACUUGUGGCAGCUAUCAUGUGCAUUUGCAAGUGUAUUUAAAAUCAAAUAAAACACAGCUUUUCGUCCGCAAACCAUUAAACUCCUUCCCUCUCUGGAUAAUCCCGAUAACUGUCUCCGAAAACCUGACUGAAAACUAAUCAGGACAGUCUCUGAAGAUCCCAAUCAAAUCAAGAGCUUCCGUUUAUCACCACUUUUGCUGCUAUAGGUACCAGGUGUUUAAAAGCUCCUGGAUCUUUCUGCUGUUCCAAAGUAACAAGAAUGGGGGAAGGAGACUUGUGGACUGGGUUUUUGUACAUACACCAUGCCCUUACCUGCAAAAGGACACGCCGAAAGCUCUGUAGUUACUCUGAAUCAUUCCUAUAUGGCCGAACGACUGUACUGUUAGUGUCUCCCCUGCUUCGACGUGCCUGAUUCAUCUCAUGAAGGGUAAAAACUCUCAAACUUAAGUGCUUUGUGACUCUGGAGGAUUUGUGCCCAAUUGUGCCUGGGAUCAGAACACAAAGUGCCAGCAGCAGUGCAAUACCACCAGUUAAGUGCCUUGUCCCAAGGACUUGAACCCACAACUCUCUGUCUGGUCACUCAAAUUUUCACAUAAAUUCACGGUGACUACAGUGCUCAUAUGAAUAUGUACCACCAGGUUGGAAUCAGCAAACAAAGUGCCACCAGCAGUCCAAUUCUGCAACUAGGAGUUCCCAAGACAUUCUGGGACUUGAAUCCACAACCUUUUGGCUGACUUCUCAUUUUGUCCUGUCAUAUAAAUUUGGUGUGAUUGCAGUGCUAAUAUGAGUAUAUGUACCCAGUUUGGGAUAAGCACACAAUGUGCCACCAGCAGUGCAACACCACCAGUUAAGUGCCUUGUUCAAGGGCACAACUAGGAGUACCCAAGACGUUCUGAGAAUUGAACCCUCAACCUUCUGUCUGAUUGCUCAAUUUGUCCCAUCACAUAAAUUUGGUGAUUGCAAUGCUAAUAUGAAUAUGUGCCCCCAGUUAGCGAUCAGCACACAAAGUGCCACCAGCAGUGCAAUACUGCAACUAAGAGUACUCAAGAUGCUCUGAGACUUGAACCUACAACCUUCUGAUUGGACUGAUGCUUCAACUUGUCUGGUGUGAUUACAGUGUAAGUCUGAAUGAGUGCCUUUAAAACAUGAAUAAUUAGACCAGAAUUGCACAUUUUAUCUCACAAAACCUACAAACAUCUAGAUCAGAACUGACUGAGAUUUUCUAACAUGUUUGUAAAUAUGUAACCAGAAAUUUGUUCCGUCUGAUUCCAACGGCUGACCUCCAUUCUAUCACACUGCUGGCACGCUAGAACUUCGGGUCAGGACAUCUUGGUAAAUUUCCAAUGCAAAAAAACAAAAAACAAAACACAACAAAUUGUUGCCCUUCUUUUCUCUCAUGUGGUAAUGAAUGAGCCUGUGUUUUGCUGGAGGCUUUUUAUGCCCUGAAAAAAAGCCAAGUCAUGUUCCUGCUUAGGCCACAUGGUACUUUCCCAGGAGGAGAUUCUGGCACCGCGUUGGAACAAAUUUAGAGAGCAUUUCUUCUGAAUCUACUGAAACGGACUCUACGCAUCAUAAAUCUGCACAAUUGUAUCGGUAGUUGCACACUGUAUAUUAUUUUUAUUUUCUUAUCAACUCUAGAUAACAUGGAGUAUUAUUUUAGUACUUAUCUUAUAUUUGAGUCUUUGCUCUGAAAGGUCUGGGCCUUUUGCCCUCAGAACCAGAGCAGAAAGAAUUUCACUGGCAGAUGUAAUCGGUAGUAUUUUAAGCAGUUUUGUUAGUUAAGUUUCUAAUCAAGUAUAUGUACUGUAAAUCAGAAAUCUGUGAUUUUUAUAUCAGCAUAAUAAUGUCUGUAAAAUAUUAUUUACAUACAGUCCUUAUGAAAAAAAAACUUUCAGACUAAGCGAAAGACACUUAUUAAAGAAAACACAGAUUACGACUUGUACAUUUAACUACACAGGAGGACCGCCAGAGUCUGUAAAAGAUAUGCCAUAAGUUUUGUAAUAUCUUUGUAACAAGAAAGCUGAAUAAAAAUAUUCUUCAAAAAAUCUAA